UACAGGAAGUGAGGACGGUCCAGCAUUUGCUUGCAGAAUUAAGGAGCUAACGGCGUCUGAUUGCAAGAAGCCGCUCACUAAUUACGACGCAAGAAAAAUAACACAUAAUACUUUAAAACAUUCCCAUCAGCUGAAAUGAGUGCUGCCGUACCCAACCACCGAAGGACCAAGCCUGGUGGCAUUAAGACCGGGGUUGUGACCAGCGGCGUGACCGGGCCGACCUCCCAGAUCCCCGGUCUGUCCCAGACUGCUGAUGAGACCUCUCCGGUGGAGAGGAUCAGCGGGCGGCGAGUUGGUAUCUUUGAGUCGGACUCCGAGUAUGUCAAGCUCGCAAAGGGCGGGGGACACAAAGGGCUCUUGAGUCAUGAUAAUGACAAUGAUGACAAACCCACGAAGGCCUACAAUCCUCCCAACUUCUUUGGAGAUGAGUCACAGGGUGAAGGCAAAACGUCUCCCGACGGCAAGAUGAUGCCUCUGGCUGCACCGUUUGGCACUGAUAACUGUUCGUCCUGGGACAAACAUGAUAGAUUUUCCCCUGAUAAAGAGAAGAUGUCUCCCGAUGGAGUUACCGAUCAAAUGGAGGGUCUGUCCAUGACCAACAAAUACAAGAGAACGUGUUAUGAGAAGAAGGCUCCUCCAGUCAGCAUGUCCAAGCUGCUGAGUCAUGGCUAUGUUGAGGAGAAGAAGAAGUCUCCCAAUGAUGACGAUGCCUCAAGCGUGACCUCAGAACAGACCAGCACCAUCGCCACCGAGGACGUGGAUGAGCUGGAGUAGAGCGUACAGGUUCUGGUCUCGAGGGAAAGGGGGUCGUCCUAACACUGGUUCAUGGUUUCCACAAAUCCACGAACAUACACCACUCCGCCCCUCUCAGAUUCACUUGCAUUUAUUGUACAUCCACUGACUGUUAGGUUUUGUACUCAUGUUUAUGCAAAGGUACUGUCCUCUAUUUAUUUGCUCUAAUUUGUUCAAACUGAAUUCACAUGGAUUUUGUUGAGUAGUCGUGUCCGUGCUCGCGGUAUUUUUUUAAUUUCUGUAUUGUUGUUUCUCGAUUUGAAAGACGAGUUGUGCACAGGGCAGGAAACUAACUGAUUCUGGCUCCUCAGAUGCGACUUUUUCACCGGCCAUUUUGAUCCCAAAGUGGAGACGGUCUUACCAGCUAAAGCUUAAAUUCACCAGUUUUUGACUGGGAGCUGGUGUUAGUUUCCCUCCCUGGUUGUAUGAAGAUCGAGUUAGUGAAUUUAAAAAGUGUUUGUGCUAAUGAAAUGUGGUACCAGUGACGUGAAGUAUUAUUUGCUUUGAUCAAGGGCUCCUGCUCUCUGAAGGGAUAUUAGAGGUUUGUGUGUUUUUCAGCUGCGGCCGGUGGGAAACGAUCAUUCGUUGAGACAGCCACCCUGCAGCUGUGACCACAUGCCAAAGUGCAUACUGAUGGCCACAGCCGCCAUGGUUUGUUUGGUUAAAAAAGGGGCCAAAUUUUUUUUAUUUUCUUUUUCGGUUGCUGCUCUGCAAAAGGUUGUCCUUCUCUGCUGUUCCUCCCCACAAUUCUGUUGCUUUUGGGUCCCUAAAAUCGAGAAACAAGCCUCAUGUUACUGCGCAAGCUACAUUUUUAUGCUGCUUUUAGUCAAAUAAUCAAUAAAAGUCCAUUCAGAAGGGAAAACUAAAUUAACUCAGUGAUAUUUACAGGUCUCUAGAAGAUCUGAAUUCAAUCUGGUGCAGCAAGAUUAAUUUCUUCAUCACUGUUUAUUAGGAGGCUCAACAGUAAAUCAAUAACAGUGCCAAGUGUUUGAUGCUGGUCCAAAUAUGUCAGAAGCUUGCUAAUGAUAGAACUGAACUGGGUCUAUUCUGCAUGUUAAAGCCCUUCAGAGUUAAUGCAUUCAGCCUAAUAAACCCAAAACUCAUGCAACAACAGAUAAAGAAUUCUGGGAAAUUUGGGGGGAAAUGGCCACCUUCAGCAGACUGCCAAGCUGAAAGUCAAGUCCGACGUAAUUCCCUGUGAAGAUUAAGGCAGACGAGUUUUUAAAAAGUGAGUUCUGAACAUGCCAACCAAGCAGUUUUCCCUGCACAUGCAGUAUUUUGACUUUGUAGACAUCCGUAGGAGAACUUAGUGUUAGUGCACAGCCUGAUCACACCAAACCCUCACAUCUCAUGACAUAUGUGUGUUUAUCAACCUGACGGGAGUUUAUUUGGUUCAGAUGAGAGAAAUGGUUACUGCUGCAACAUUUCUACGUAGGAAAACUUUGCAACUUAAGUCUUUGAAACAGUGAAAAAUGAUCUGCAUCUGCAUGAGUGAUAUUCUUAAAACAA